AUGAGCAUUCCUACAGUCACCACGGCGGUGGGCGCCGACAACCUUACCAUUCCUACCACAGACCAAUCGAUUCGUGAAGCCACAGCCAAAGCCAUCCUGUCAGGCUUCCAGACUGCUGGCUUCAUCUACAUUCGGAACCACGGUAUCGACAGAGCUGCAGUAGAAGAAGCAUUCAAGUACAGUGCAGAAUUCUUCAAGAGACCAGUCAGCCAAAAGGAGCAGCUUGCCUGGACGACACCCGAAGCCAAUCGCGGCUAUGUUCGUCAAGGCCGUGAGAAGACGACAGACCUUGUGGAUCCAGCCGAGAUUGAGAAGCAAAGAGCACUGGAAGGUGCUGAUCUGAAGGAAUCUCUCGAGAUUGGCCGAGAAGGUGUCGAAGGGCUGGAAAACAAGUGGCCAGAUCGAUUUGAUCAAGAUGGUGAAGUAUUCCGAGAAAAGAUGUUGGGCUUCUUCGAGGUCUGCAAAGACCUUCAUGUGCAAGUCAUGCAAGCGAUCGCUGUCGGGCUGGGCAUUGACGAGCACUGGUUCGACAAGUUUUGCAAUGCAGGCGACAACACGUUGAGGCUGUUGCACUACCCUGCAGUGAGCAGCAAAGUGUUUGCCGAAAACAAGAACAGUGUCCGAGCAGGAGCACACACCGACUAUNNGGUUAGUAAGAUGAAGAGACUGGACCGAGUCUUGCUGACAGUUGCAGGAUCGAUUACUCUGCUCUUCCAAGACGCUCGCGGCGGGCUGCAGGUCUUGUCACCCAUGGGAACAUACGUCAAUGCAACACCAAUUGCAGACACGAUCGUCGUCAAUGCGGGAGACUUGCUGGCCAGAUGGAGCAACGACAUGAUCAAGAGCACAAAGCAUCGAGUUGUUGAGCCGCCGGUCAAGGCAGAUGCAGACUUUCAUCCUGCGAGAUACUCGAUGGCCUACUUUUGCAAUCCCAACUUUGACAGGUUCAUCGAUGCGAUCCCAGGGACAUUCGAUGAGGCCAAGCAGAAAAAGUAUCAGGGUGUUAACAGUGGCGAGUAUCUGGUGCAGCGACUGACGGCGACGUAUUGA